GCUUCUCAUUAUGCUCUCUUGAUGCGUAGAACAAGAAGAAGAAGAGGAAGAAGAAGAAGUUGACGGGUCUUUUUUUCAUAAUACUGAGACCCUUCAUUGUUUGGUGGUCCAAGAAUUCAUUGGUAUUAUAUCUCGAAGAUAUCUGUUUGGAUGCAUCAUGAAGUACAUUGUGGAAAAUCAGUCGAAUAAGCUUGCUUGAAGGAGAAAGAUCUGAAUUUGAUUUGAUAUUGCCGGGACAAAAUGUUUAUGCGGCGAGAUUUUGAUCUUAAUUCAGGGGAGGUGUGUACUGAUUCAGCGCACAUAUACACCGACUCACUAAAAGAAGUUUUCAGGAACACUAUGCUUAACCAGGAGAUUAUAUUUCAGAAGCAGGUUCAUGAACUCCAUCGCUUAUAUGGGAUGCAAAAGACGCUGAUGCAUAAUAUCAGCUGGAUGGAGUUUGAUCAAUACAAUUUGAAUAAACUGGGCUUAGAACAUUCUAAAAGCCAAGAAUUGCUAGAACUACAACAAGGUCUAUUUUAUAAGCUUCAACAAAGGCCUUGCUAUCAUGAACUUCCUGCCAAUCACUGGACUAGUCAUGUUGAUCUGGACGAUUUGAAGCUUUCCUUGAGCAUUGGAGAUGGCAAUAGGAGAAAGCAAAGGCACAAGAGAACUUUUUUUGAUGUGCAGUUGUCUCAAAAUGUUAUUGACUUGGAAGAAUCGACUGAGACAAUAUCGAAUGGGGAUUUGGGACAUGCGCCUCUGUUUAAUUCUGCUGCUUCGACUGUGAAUUCUCGAAGCAAGUAUGAGGCUUCGCAAAAAUCAGUACUCACUGAUCCAAUCACCCCAAGUACUCCGGAGAAAGCUCCGUCACACAGUACUCUGAAGAAGGGCUCUUUUCUAGACGAUUGCCAAAGAAACUCUUUUGAUCAAGAUUUAGAGAGGCGCGAUGGUAAUGUCUUGAACUUAAAUUUGUCCCCCAAGAAGCAGCAAAUAAAUUCAUCUGGGACAUGGAAUGUGGACCUUAACAAAGUCUAUUGUGAUGUCUCGUCUUGUUACUCGAAUGAUCCUGUGGUGAUGCAUCCUUCAACAGCCAGCUCAUCGCAUGCUUUCCACGGGUUAGUUGGUAGGGCAGAGGAGACAACUAGGACUAAAGAAUCCAAUAAUUGCUCGGAUGAAACUUCUGGCAUUGUUCAUCCAGAUGUGGGAAAUUUCACAUUGGUGAAUUCAAGUAGCAAAUAUGAAAGCAAAGGAAUUUGCGGAGCAAAGCGCCCCAAGUUUGGCGAGUUGAGUGGCAGUGAAGUGGUCCUUGCUUUGGAGGCUGUGUCCAGGCAGCCCAAAGCUGGUCCUUCUGAAGAGCGUGGCCACCAUAAGAAUGAUCCCAGUGGUAGAAAUGUCGGAGGAUACACAUUGGAAGGUUUGAAGAUCCAAAUUCAUACAUGUGCAGCUACAAGAGCAGUAAACCAUGAGAAGAAGAAGAUUGAAGAUGAUGUAAUUUCAUAUUCAGAUCACACUAAAAAUACGAUCCAAGAUGGACAUGGCGACAUAUCUUCAGCUUCAUGCAAACCUUGCCAAGUCGGUGAUAACGAAUCGAGUAAUGCAGCAGAGACUAAGCAACAACCAGAAUGGGAAUCUGGAAGUCCCUUAGCUGUUGAUCCAUUUUCAGGAAACCGAAGAGUGUCUGAAGCUCCUGAAACAUUGUAUGGUGAGCAGAACUUAAGAUCGUUAGAUAGCAGCGAGUUAAAUGGCAAAGAUAUCAGCAAAGAAGAAUUAGAUAAAGUUGAUGAUUUGAUGCAGAAGGCAGCAGAAUCUCUUGUCCACAUUUCUUUGGAGAGUUCAGCUUGUUAUCGAGAUUGUUCGGUUAUAGAUGGAGGAUCAACUGAGAUGGAAAAUAUAGAGAGAGCAACGCCACAGUAUUCUGUUGAUUCCUUUGAGCUCUUCACGCUGAAACUAAAGGACUGCAGUGAAGAUGACUUGUGCGUGUCAUCAAAGCCGCCUGAAGUAGAUUUUGAGGAGAACAAGGAUUAUGGUUUCAAAAUAAGACGGGGCAGGAGAUUGAAAGACUUCCAGAGGGACAUACUUCCCGGUCUAGCAUCGCUUUCCAGACACGAAAUUCGCGAAGACAUAAACAUUUUAGAGGGAGUUUUGAGGUCAAGAGAGUACCGGAAAAUGCAAGCAAAGAUGGUUGAUGGAAACAGCUGGUGCCUGCCUGCAAGAAGCAGGCGAUUGCGACUCAAUUCAGUCGCCCGGAGAAGAUUUUCAUGAGAAAUCAUUCAGU